UAGAGCAAUCUGGCUUGGUCAGAGUGCUUAUAAAGAUAGGUAGAAAGCCAAAAAGUUCAGUUCGUGAUAAGUUUUCAGUAAGUGAACUCCUCUCAGUAUAUAGAGUAUUGUCAACGUUACUUGUCAAAGUUACGUAGUCAUAUAGUUUGGAUCAAUGUACAAACCUGCAGUCUGAUUAAAGCCUCCAAUUGUAUAUUAUCUUGGGAUUCGGAUGAUGGAAUGUUGGAAAUAAAGAUUUUCUCAAUUAAACAUCGAUUCCACGAAUAAAUUUCUUUUGGAGUGUUGUAUUUGGAAACUCCUCACUGCAAACCAAGAGGCGUAGUGAGGCAGUCACAAUAAUAUACAACCGGCUUGGACAGCAGCAGUUAUGGCUACAACAAAGGCGAUGUCUGAAUCGGCUACAAAACCCAAUGCAACGAGUGGACUGGCUAGGAGGAAGGCUAUGAGUCUCACUAACAGAAGUACAACCAGUUCCCGUAAGACAAUUAAGCAAGAAGCAGCCUUCAGAGCAGAGUUAGCUGCGAUGGACCAAGAGGACGCCAUCGAGCUCAAAGAGGCUGCCCAUCAAUUAGAACUUAAAGAGGCGGCCCACCAGCUUGCCCUGAAGAAGGAGCGAUUACGCUUGAAGAGACUGCAAAGGGUAGCAGAGUUUGCCAAUAAAAUGCAAGAAGCAGAGGAUGCAGAGGAAGAAUAUGCAGAAUCGUGUGCAUCAGAAUUAGACAGUAUUCCUAUGGCUACCGAAGGUGAGAAAAUGACCCGAUUCUUUACAUCACAACAGAGGGAAGAGAGUUAUUCCAAAGAUGAAAGCGGUUGUUGGGAUAAAGUUGCCAACUCAUUGGCCCAAAUGGCUCAAUUUAGCAUAAAACAGAGCGAGAUAUCAGAAAAAUUGGCAGUAACGAGCCAGUUACCCAAGCUCGAGGUUCCCAUCUUUCGAGGAGACCCUAUUGACUAUACACGGUGGAGAAAUGCCUUUGAUGGCAUGAUAGACGCCAAACCAUUGGAUUCAGCGACAAAGCUGAAUUACCUGAAUAAUUAUGUCGCAGGUGAACCAAAGGAAGUUGUUGAACAUUAUCUACUGCUUGGCACCAGUGAUGCGUAUGAGAAAGCCCGGGAUCUACUUUCACAGAGGUACGGUAAUGCAAGUGUGGUUAGCAUGGCUUUUACUUCCAAGCUCAAGUCAUGGCCUUGCAUAAGUGAUCGGGAUUCCAUUGGACUGAGAGCAUUCUCUGAUUUUCUGGAGAAGGUGGUAGCGGCAAAGAUGACAGUUGCAAGUCUAGGAAUCCUUGAUUUCCCACAGGAGAACUUCCGCUUGGUUGCUAAACUUCCGCCUUAUUUGGAAAGCAAAUGGAGAGGCGUCAUUGACAAGUGGCAAGGUGCAUAUGGACAAGAAACUUACCCUCCUUUUGCGAAAUUCUCUGAGUUUGUGAAGAAGGCAGCUAGACAGGCAAACAUCCCAGAACUAGAAGGUGUUGAAAGAGAGAGAAAAAGUCAUCACUCACUCAAAACUCCACGAGGUCACACCCUAUCCACCAGUGGUAAUGCGGAUCGCCAACGUUCUAGACCAGUCAAGCAUGGAGUAUACACAUCUUGUCCAUAUUGUAAUGGGGAUCACCAUCUUGAUGACUGCAGUGAGUUCAUGAAUAUGAGCAUUUCGGAAAGGAAGAAGUUCUUCAUUUCAAAGACUAUCUGCUAUGGAUGUGCCACAACCGAUGAUCAUCGUAUAAAGGAUUGCAGUGACCGAAGAGAUUGCAAGAUUUGUGGUGGUAGACAUUUGACCUGUCUUCACUUUGGAUCUAAGCUGAAGCACCAACAAGCUGAAGGAUUAUCCAACUGCACAAAUAUAUGCAACCUGCUGGAUCAAGAUGGACCAGAUCACUGCAUGAUUGUACCAGUAUGGGUUAGGCAUUCAGAUAACCCUUCCCAUGAAGUCCUUCAAUAUGCAAUUCUGGACGACCAAUCUAAUGUCGGAUUUAUAUCCAAUAACUUAUGCAAUAAACUAAGCAUAGAUGGACCGGAAACAGACCUGAUGCUUACUACAAUGCAUAACAAAUCUAACAUCAGAAGCAAGAAGAUAAAAGGCGUUGAAGUACUAGAUUUUCAUAAGAAGCAAAUCAUCUCCCUUCCUGCAUGCUACUCUAGAAGCAGCAUUCCCGCAAACCGGUCACAAAUACCGAAGACAGAAGUGGUAAGACAGUGGCCCCACCUUAAAAGGGUUGCAGACCAGUUAGUACCGUACAACCAAGAGAUAGAGGUGUCACUUCUUAUAGGAAACAACUGUCCGAGAGCUAUCAGACCCCGGGACGUCAUUGCAGGAGGAGAAGAUCACCCAUAUGCUGUAAAGUCUGCUCUUGGAUGGGGUGUCAUUGGCAGAGUGUGCAAGACCCCAGAAAGUAGAGAACAGGGAGUCUGCCACAAAAUCACCAACGAGGGCACUAGAAACCACUCCAUGUUCAUCCUUCCACGAACAGCCAAAGAAAUUAUCACACCUGAACGGGUUCUCAAGGCACUGGAGUCAGAUUUUCAGAAUGAGGAUAGUAGGGAGCAGUCUCUUUCUGUUGAAGAUCAGCGGUUCCUAAACAUCCUGAACACCGGCAUAAAGAAGAGAAAUGAUGGCCACUACGAGAUGCCUCUUCCUUUCAAAAAAGAUAAGCCAUCUCUUCCAUACAACCGCCAGCUAGCUGAAAAGAGGUGGAAUCAGCUUAAUGCCCGAUUUAGAAAGAACCCUCGUUUCUUGAAAGACUAUCAGGAAUUCAUGGUUGAUGUUAUCUCGACUUGUGCAGAACGAGCUCCCGAGUGUUAUACACCAGGAAAGGUCAACUAUGUUCCACACACAGGAGUUUACCAUCCCAAGAAGCCGGAAAAGAUACGAGUAGUCUUUGACUGCUCUGCCAAAUUUCAAGGAGUCUCCCUCAACGAUCACCUUCUGCAGGGUCCAGAUCUGACAAAUGGGCUUCUUGGUGUUCUGUGCAGAUUUAGACAAGAAGAGGUUGCUUUUAUGGCAGACAUUAAAAGCAUGUUUCAUCAGUUCCAUGUUGCCGAGGAGGAUCGUGAUAUGCUGAGAUUUCUAUGGUGGGAAGACGGAGAUGCUAGCAAGCGUGUCGUGGAAUACAGGAUGACGGUACAUUUGUUUGGCGCAGCCAGCUCUCCAGGUUGUGCCAACUUCGGGCUAAAGAGGGCAGCAGACGAUGGCGAAGAAUCCCUUGGUAAGGAGGCUGCAGAUUUCAUCAGAAAUGAAUUCUAUGUUGACGAUGGACUUAAGUCGGUGUCUACUCAACAAGAAGCAGUGGGCCUUCUGAAGGCAAGCCAGGCUAUCUGUGCCCGAGCGGGAUUAAAGUCGCACAAAAUCCUGUCUAACAAGAAGGCAGUUCUGAAAGCUUUCCCUGUCGAAGAGUGGUCAAAGGGAAUUGCUGACCUCAACCUUGAUGUUGAUCCACUUCCUCUAGAACGAGCCUUAGGAGUUGUUUGGUGUGUGGAGAACGACACGUUACAGUUUAGAAUAGAGCUGCGAGACCAACCUCUCACGCGACGUGGAAUUCUCUCCACCAUUUGUUCAAUAUAUGACCCUAUUGGAUUUGUCAGUCCAGUUACACUCUGUGGGAAGCAAAUACUUCAAGAGCUAUGCAGGCUCAAGAUUGACUGGGAUGAUAUCAUCCCAGAUGAAAUCAGAUCGCGAUGGGUGAAAUGGAGAAGUGAAGUUCGGAAGCUGGAGCAGAUGCAAGUUCAAAGAUGUUACAAGCCGGCCAACUUCGGCAAGGUUGAGUCCGCAGAACUACACCACUUCUCUGACGCAAGCUAUGAUGGAUACGGACAAUGUUCUUACCUCCGCCUGGUAAAUGAGAAGGGUGACAGCUCCUGCUCCUUGGUUAUUGCUAAAUCAAGAGUAACUCCUCUCAGACCAUUCACCAUCCCUAGGCUCGAGCUAACUGCAGCAACCAUCUCAGCUAAGAUGAGCUCCUUUCUCCGCAAGGAAUUGGCAUAUCCUUGUAUACAAGAGUACUUCUGGACCGACAGCAAGGUAGUUCUUGGCUACAUAAGUAACGAAGCAAGGAGGUUCCAUGUAUUCGUCGCCAACAGGGUGCAACUAAUACGGGACAAUACCAAUCCAAAUGCAUGGUUCUAUAUCGAUACCAAGAUGAAUCCCGCCGAUGAUGCUUCACGUGGAAUGACAGCCGGAGAGCUUGUUCAAAAUGACCGCUGGUUAACUGGUCCAGACUUUCUUCGAGGAAAUGGAUCAUUCAGCCCCCCAGAGCAUGAAGAUAAGCCUCCCUUGAGUACCACUGACCCAGAAUUGAAGAAGGUUACCACUCUUGCAACAAGGUCUGAAGAAGUGCACUAUAUUCAGUCAAGCCGUCUGCAACACAUAUCAAGCUGGCAGCGAGCAGUAAGAGUAAUCGCUCUGUGUCGUAAGUUCAUCAACCGAAUCAACAAGAGAGGUUGCACAUCCAACAAAGGACUUCAUGUGAACCGCCCUAUACAGAGGGUGAACUUUACAGUUGAUGAACUACAAGCAUCUGAAAGAGUGAUCAUUCAGAACUUGCAGAAGGAGUACUUGCAGGAUGAAUGGAGGCUCCUCAAAUCCCAUCGUCUAGAUAGGCUAAACAACAGAGUCAACUCAGAGAAAGUGAAGGUUCUGAAACAGUCGAGUAACCUUCAGAAACUUGAUCCAUUCCUCGACGACCAAGACAUAAUGCGAGUAGGAGGGAGAAUCAGCAGAGCUGACGUUUCCAUCGAAACAAAGCACCCGGUUAUCUUACCAAGGCACUCCCAUUUGUCUGUACUCCUGAUUCGUCAUCAUCAUGAAAAGGUUAACCACAUGGGCAGAGGGAUGACACACAAUCAACUUAGGCAAUCUGGAUACUGGGUGAUCGGAGGAUCUUCAGCCGUAUCGAAUAUCAUCUCCAGGUGCGUCACCUGCCGAAAGCUCAGAGGAAGUCUGCAACAACAAAAGAUGGCAGAAUUGCCGAAAGAUCGACUUGACCCAGCUCCUCCAUUCACAUAUUGUGGCGUGGAUUAUUUCGGUCCUUUCAACAUUCGAGAACGGAGAAGCGACCUGAAGAGAUAUGGUGUUAUAUUUACAUGUAUGUCAUCAAGAGCAGUGCAUCUAGAGUCUGCCAAUAGCCUGAGUAGCAGUUGUUUCAUUAACUGUCUGAGACGUUUCUUGAGUCGCAGAGGCCCUGUUCGACAAAUUCGCUCUGAUCAAGGCACAACGUUCAUUGGCGCAAGAAAUGAACUUCGUGGGGCCUUUCAAGAGAUGAACCAAGAGAGAGUCCAGGAGUACCUAGGUGAAAAUGGAGUUGAUUGGAUUCCAUUUAAGCUAAAUACGCCACAUUCCUCACACAUGGGAGGAGUAUGGGAACGCCAGAUCUCUACUGUGCGAAGGGCCUUGGAACCACUGCUGAUGUCUAGUGGAAACCAACUGGAUGACGAGUCUUUUAGGACAUUUCUGACAGAAGUAGAAUCUAUUGUAAACAGUCGACCUCUUACUACUUCAAAUCUCUGCUCCUCUGAUGCUCCUGAACCAUUAACUCCAAAUCAUCUUCUUACAAUGAAGCCUAAAGUCAUAUUACCUCCUCCUGGAAAAUUCCAACGAGCAGACUCUUACUCUCGAAGAUGGUGGCGUCGAGUUCAAUAUUUAUCCAACGAAUUUUGGCUGAGAUGGAGAAAGGAGUUCCUUCCAACGCUCCAAACCAGAGAGAAAUGGGUCAAGCCACGGAAAAAUGUUGAAGUAGGCGAUAUCGUCAUCCUGAAGGAAGGUGAUGAUAACCGAUGCAAUUGGCCGCUAGGACGGGUGGUCGAGACUAUUCCAAGCAAUGAUGGCUGCAUCCGGAAGGUUAAGCUUCUCAUGGCAGAUGGCACGCUAGAUAACAACGGGAAACGACUCGGAAAACCAACACAUCUAGAAAGACCAAUUCAUAAGCUGGUAGUCCUCGUGCACGCAAAAGAAUCAGCUACAGAUGACUCGAAAGAAAUCUAGGACCGGGAAUUCCCCCUCAAGGAGCCAAACACUGGUAUCAAAUGGAGGGAGAGUACUUAAUUAUCUGUUAUCAUGUAUUUUGUUCUCUAUUCUAUUUUUUUGCUCCUUCUUUGCUUUUCUUUCAUUAUUCUGUCUAUAUUUUCAUUCUUCGAACUUUCCCAAAGUGCUCUUGAGUUAUGAACUAUUAAUUUUACUUAUGUCGGAUUCCUGAAUAUUGAAUUAUUCCUAUGCUACAUUUCGCUUUUAUUUUGAUUUCUUCCUUCUAUUAUCCUCAUACAAUGCUAUCUUUCUUUUUAACUAUUUUGAUGUGAUUGAUUUUUUGUUUGCAUCUGACAGCAAACUUUUUUAGCGUCAUGAUAAAGACGAACGUAAUUAUUUCUUUAUUGAGUAAUCCUGUUAUUUCCUUUUGAAAUAUUGUUUGGUGGUUACAUUUUAUGUAUGCAUUUUAUUAUUACAUAAUGAGAUCGGAAUAUUAUGAUUCACCUUUGUUUUGAAUAUGCUUGGUUCAGUGAACGAUUCAAAAUAUCCAGAUUUAAGUGAUACCUGGUUAGGUAACUGAUAGCAAUCAGUUAAAGGAGCCAUGUCACUGCAGCAGUGUGCAGUGAAAUUAAUAUAAUUUUUGCUAUAUAUAUAUGUUCAAUAUAUGUUACUUAAAUUCAAAUUCUACUUGCUGUUUCCUUUUACACUUUGGGAUUUCUUAAUCCUUUUCUACACAAACUCCCAUAGGGCUGGUUAUGUGCUAAAGCUAUAGGGAGAGAAAAGCCAAGUAAACUUAAUGUCUUGUGUCAAUCCUUAUUGUUCUGAAUUGUAUAGUCGGUAGGUCAAGUUCUUUGUCUGUGGGGUGUUGAGUGCUGGGUGGUACCAGUUUCUUUUAAAUUUCUAAUUAGUCCGUCUAGAGCAAUCUGGCUUGGUCAGAGUGCUUAUAAAGAUAGGUAGAAAGCCAAAAAGUUCAGUUCGUGAUAAGUUUUCAGUAAGUGAACUCCUCUCAGUAUAUAGAGUAUUGUCAACGUUACUUGUCAAAGUUACGUAGUCAUAUAGUUUGGAUCAAUGUACAAACCUGCAGUCUGAUUAAAGCCUCCAAUUGGUAAGUUCUUAAACAAUUUC